AUGGCGAAUAUAGCCACCAUAGCAUCUAUAAAACAACCACAACGGGUGCAUAAGGUACACCCGCGGUUCAAGGCCGUAUCAAGUUCGCGGCAUUUUGGAACGGGGGAGCGUGGCGGCGCGGGCCGCAUGGCGCUGCUGUACCGCGCUACGCGGCUCAAGGACCGCGCCGACACCCACGUGUUCACCUUCGUGGUGACCAGGUCGGCGACUCGGGAGCCCGACCGCGACGUCACCUCCAAGGACUUCUGCUGCUCCCACCAGCGAUGGGCGGUCGCGUUCAGCCGCACGGACGCCUCUCUCGGCGUGUACCUGGUGUGGCGGGGCGCGUGCGAGGGCAUGCGCGUCUACGUCGACUUCACCUUCACUCUGCUCAGCCGCGACCACUUCACCGCCAAUGACGGCUUCUCCGGCAAGCAGGUCCGUUUCAGCGCCGGCUGCGCGGCCCAGGGCCGCGGGAGGUGCAUCACGCUCUCCGAGCUCAACACCAAAUUCGCGGACGCCCGAGGCGAGUUCCAGCUGGAGCUCACCAUGUCGAAAGUACGCACGCUGUACUCCUGCGAGUUGCGCGCGCCCCGGCUGGACACGCCGCCCAUAGCGUUCGCCGGCUUCGAUUGGUCCGUGUCGGCGAGCGGCGGAAAUAAGGAGCCGCUAACUUUGCGCCUGGUCCGACUCUCCGGGGAGGGCCAGCGCUGCCGGGUCCGGUACGCGCUGGCGCUAGGAGAAGGCGAGCGGCGGCUGUACUCGGGCCCGCUGGAGUGCGUGUGCGACCCCGAGGGGCGCACCCCUCCUUGGAACCCGCGCCCACCUUCGCGGAUCCUCCAAAAGGGCGUGCGGCUGACGAUCGAGCUGGUGUGGGCUCGAGCGCUCGCUGAGCUCGCCGUCUCGGCGGCCGGACGCGCGGCGACCUGCUACGACCGCGACAAGCAGGCGUGGGCGCUACGCUGCGACACCCAUUCGGAGACCGUGCGUCUGCACAUGCUGUAUCGAGACGUGCACCACGUGCCGCGGAACCACCUGCGCUACGUCAGCUGGUCCGCUUGGCUGGUGCGCGCGGCGCCGGCUCCCGGAGAGCCGGACGCUGACGAGCUGCCCGGCGCGCCGUUCGAGCAUUACUACGCGCAGGACAGCGCCGACGAAGGCCUGAUGAUGGAGACGGCGCUGCGUGUGGAGGACAUAUCGCGCGCCGGCUGCGCCUUCCUGCACGCCGGCGGCGAACUGCGCGUGCGCCUCGAAUGGGGAGACACUUAUCUACUCUUCCAGGCUACGUAUCACGUCUACGACGAUCUCUGCCGCCUACAUUCACACCAAAUGAGGCGCGAGAUAGCGGCGCUGCAGGCGGAGAACUACUCGCUGGAGCGGCAGCUGUUCAGCUACCAGAAGAGCCUGGCGUAUGCGCAGGCGCAGGCCGGAGAGCCAGCGUCCGCAGACGGUGGGGGCCGACGCUCCCCCGCCGAGCGCUCUCUGUCUACCGACACUGAGUACGCG